UCUCUCUCUCCAAAGGGUCUCAAAAGGAGCAACCUUUGUGUUGCUUUUUGCUCACACUCUCGCACUCUCUGGAAAAUUUUCACCCCCUUCUUUCUCUCCUUCUUCUGGGUUUCUUUCAAAUUCACUCAGAGUGGAUGCAGUGCUCUUUCUAAUUCUAUGUUACUGCAGCUGAUACAGUGGUUUUUCAAUUCAUGGCUCUGAUGCUGAUUAUGCUUCUUCUUUUGAUUUUCAUGCUACCAUUCUCUAUUUCUGCUGCUGAAGAUGCAUUCAUUGGUGUCAACAUUGGUACAGAUUUAUCUGAUAUGCCAACUCCAACAGAAACUGUGGCCCUUCUUAAAGCUCAAAGUAUCCAACAUGUCAGACUCUUCGAUGCUGACCGAGCUUUGCUUCUAGCACUCGCCAACACGGGAAUUCGUGUUACUAUUUCUGUUCCAAAUGACCAAAUACUUGGCAUCGGUCAGUCCAACGCCACUGCUGCAAACUGGGUUUCUCGAAACGUUAUAGCUCACGUCCCUGCUACUAACAUCACCUCUAUAGCUGUUGGAUCCGAGGUCCUAACCACCCUCUCAAAUGCAGCACCCAUUCUAGUCUCUGCCAUGAAAUUCAUUCACUCCGCUCUUGUGGCUGCAAAUCUAGACGGACAAAUUAAAGUUUCUACUCCUCACUCUUCUUCUAUCAUCCUCGAUUCUUUCCCACCUUCCCAAGCGUUUUUCAAUCGUACUUGGAAUCCUGUCAUGGUUCCUUUGCUUAAUUUUUUGCAAUCGACAGGUUCAUAUCUUAUGUUCAAUGUAUAUCCAUACUAUGAUUACCAGCAAUCCAACGGUGUAAUUCCACUCGAUUAUGCUUUAUUCCGCCCCCUUCCUCCAAACAAGGAAGCUGUUGAUUCCAACACUCUCCUGCAUUAUACUAAUGUUUUCGAUGCAGUUGUUGAUGCUGCUUAUUUCGCAAUGUCCGAUUUGAACUUCACCAAUAUCCCUAUCGUUGUGACCGAGUCAGGAUGGCCCUCUAAAGGUGACUCGUCGGAGUCUGAUGCGACCAUUGACAAUGCUAACACUUACAAUAGUAACUUGAUCAGACAUGUACUUAACAAUACAGGAACUCCUAAACACCCUGGAAUUGCUGUUAGUACAUUUAUUUACGAGCUUUAUAAUGAAGAUUUAAGAUCAGGUGAAGUCUCGGAAAAGAACUGGGGGCUAUUUUAUGCUGAUGGAGAACCGGUGUAUACCUUACACUUGGCCGGCGCUGGCGUUAUUUUUGCGAAUGAUACAACAAAUCAAACAUUUUGUGUCACAAAGAGUAAUGCUGAUACUAAGAUGCUACAGGCAGCACUUGAUUGGGCUUGUGGACCAGGGAAGGUUGAUUGUUCACCAUUGUUGCAGGGUCAACCAUGUUAUGAACCAGAUAAUGUAGUCGCGCAUGCUGCCUACGCUUUUAAUGCAUAUUACCAGAAGAUGGCUAAAUCUCCUGGAACUUGUGAUUUCAAAGGCGUUGCCGUUAUCACUACCACAGACCCAAGUCAUGGUUCUUGCGUAUUUCCUGGAAGUCAUGGUAAAAAUAGAACAAGAAUAAACGGCACGUCGCUUGCGCCAUCAAAUUCAACAAGUUCAGGCUGCUUGUCACAACACAACUACAAUGGUGGAUAUUUCACAAACUCUAUGAUUCUAAUUGUUUUACUGUUGAGUGCAGUUGUCAUGUAAAAUUAGGCACAUCUCAUUUUCUUAAUAUGACUAUAUAAUUUAAGGAGAUAUGAUGACCCUCAAACUUCCUUUAGGAAAUUGCAUUGCAGCAUACCUAAUCUUUGUUCCUCUGUAGAGAAUUUAUAGGGUGGCAAGGUUGAUUAAAAUGUAUAUUGGCAAUUGUAACUUGAGUUGUCCAUUGAUUUUUUGUAUAAACAAACCAAAGUAAUUAUUUGACAUCGUUGAUGUAACCUUAUUGAGACCUUUUUUGUGUAAUUAUACAUGUUUUGAAUUCUAUGAA